AUGCGAGUACCAAUGGCCGAAGAGCGUAACGGACUUCCGUGGCGCGAAUCAAAACAUUUUUACUUUUUUCCCGCGUCCGCUCCGCUUCGCCCACGCCCCCUUUCGGAUCCCUGCUUCCCAUCCCUCCUCCACCCCCCUCCCAUCUUCGCUCGAUCUUCGGCUCUCUACCGACUACUCCGUCCUCCCCCACUCGAUCUACUCUUCCUUCAACUUCAUCCAUUCAAUCUACCCCUACCUCUGUCCAUCAACUUCAAAAUGAUCAACGAAACUCAGGACCAGUUCAACUACGAUGGAAGCGCCGAGCAGAGCCUGCGGAAGAAGCCCAAGUCGGAUCCGCCCUCAGGUCCCUCGUCGGUGCUCCAUGUGCGCAAUCUCCCGAUGGACUGUACCGAGCAGGAGCUGGUGACGAUCGCCUGCCCGUUCGGCCGCGUCGAGAAGGUGCUGCUGCUCAAGGGCAAGACCCAGGGCUUCGUGCAGAUGCAGGACGUGCAGAGCGCAAGCGCGCUGGUCCAGUGCUACUCGCAGGCGCAGGUCAACAUCCGCGGCAAGCCGGUCUACUUCCAGUACUCGCAGCAUCAGGCGGUGAACACGGCCACUGGCGAUGAGCAGUCGAAUCACAUCCUGCUCGUGACGGUGACCAAUCUCGUCUAUCCGGUCACGAUCGACAUCCUCCACCAGGUCUUCUCGAAGUACGGCGCCAUCCACAAGAUCGUCAUCUUCUCGAAGAAGGGCUUCCAGGCCCUCAUCCAGAUGGGCGACAAGAAUCAGGCCCAGGCGGCCAAGCAGGCCCUCGACGGCCAGAACAUCUACAGCGGCUGCUGCACCCUCCGCAUCCAGUACUCCAACCUGCCCUCGCUCAACGUCAAGUACAACAACGACAAGAGCCGAGACUUCACCAACAACAACCUGCCCUCGGGUGAUGCCGCCGGCCCCGCCGUCGGCCAAUUCGGCGGUGCCCUCAACCCCCUCGGCCUCGGCCUCUUCCCCGACGCCUCCUACGGCGGCUACCACGUCAGCCCCGCCGCAUUUGGCUACGGCCAGAAGCAGGGUGCCGUCGGAAUGGCGAUGGGCAUGGGGCCGUCGGUGCUCAUCGUCAACGGCCUCGAGGCCGAGCGCGUGACGCCCGACGUCCUCUUCACCCUCUUCGGCGUCUACGGCGAUGUCCUCCGAGUCAAGAUUUUGUACAACAAGACCGACACGGCCCUCGUCCAGUUCGCCACGCCUCAGCAGGCCGAGACUGCGCUGGCCAAUCUCAACCAGGCCCCCCUCUUCGGCCGCACGCUCACGAUCAACUUCUCCAAGCACAACACGAUCGCGAUGCCGCGCGAGGGCACCGAGGGCGCCCACCUCACGAAAGACUACACCGGCUCGCCCCUCCAUCGCUUCAAGGUCGCCGGCAGCAAGAACUUCCAGCACAUCUUCCCUCCCGGCUCCGUUCUCCACGUCUCCAACAUCCCCGCCUCCGCCUCCGAAGAGGACAUCAAGAAUCUUUUUGCUCAAUACGGUCGCGUCCUCUCUUUCAGAUUCUUCGCUAAGGACAGGCGUAUGGGUCACGUCGAGAUGGCCUCCACGACGGAGGGUAUCGAGGCACUGCUCUACACGCACAACGCCCAGCUCCACGACCACCACCUGCGCGUGACCUUCUCCAAGGGCUCGCAGCACGCCCCAGCUCCCGGCGCCGGCGCCUCCUCUAUGGGAUUCGCCCAGGGCUUCGCUGGCUACCAGUAA